AUGAAACUACCAAAGCUGCAGGAGGAGAUGCAUUUUUUGUUAAUGGGGAAUAGGCCAGUUUGGUUUAGAAAACAUGUUGGUGGAAUUAAUAGUGCUCAUAAUCAAGCUUUUCAAAAGUUUGAGAAUUUAAAGAACUUUAAGUCAUCCUUGAAAGUUUCUUUAGACCAACAAACCGAGCAAGCUAAAAGAUUGGCAUUUCGUGUUCAUGAUGAAUGUGAUGAAUCAAGUAACAAGGGAAAUUUUCUUGAACUUUUGAAUUGGACUGUGGAAAAGAAUGAUGAUGUGAGAAAUGUUGUUUUGAAAAAUGCACCUAAAACUAAUCAAAUAAUUGCACCUUUGAUGCAAAAAGAGCUUAUAAAUUGUUGUGCAAAAGAAACUACCAAGGCAAUUGUGGAAGAUCUUGGUAAAGAUUAUUUUGGAAUACUAGUAGAUGAGUCAAGUGAUGUGUCUCAAAAAGAACAAAUGGUUUUGUGUGUCUGUUAUGUAGAUAAAAAAGGAAUGAUAAAGGAACAGUUUCUUGGAAUUGUUCAUGUUGGAGAUACCACAUCUUUAAUUUUUGGGCAAGGGUACGAUGGAGCUAGUAAUAUGCAGGGUGAACUUAAUGGUCUCAAAACUCUAAUCAUGAGAGAAACACAAUCUGCACACUACAUACAUUGUUUUGCUCACCAACUUCAAUUAACUAUUGUUGUCGUUUCUAAGAAAAAUAAAGAUUGUGGUUGGCUUUUUGAUACACUUGGAGAUUUGUUGAAUGUUGUUGGAUCAUCAUGUAGGCGAAAAGAUUUGCUUAAAGGAAAACAAGCUGAAAAAAUUGCAAAAGCAUUUGAAAAUGGUGAAAUUGUGACUGGAAAAGGUUUAAACCAAAAGCUUGGUUUAGGUAGACCGGGUGAUACACAUUGGGGGUCUCAUUAUAAGUUGAUUUUGAAUGUGAUUGAUUUGUAUUAUACAAUACAUGAGGUGCUUGAUUUAAUUGGUAAUGAUGCUCGAAAUGGUGAUGAUGCUCGAAAAACCGAUAAUAGAAAAGAUCAAGAUAUUGUCAAUGCUAUGUCACUUGUUACUUUAACUAAAGAAAGAUUGCAAAAUAUGAGGGAAAACGAGUGGGAGUCUUUUUUUGCUAAUUUAACUUCAUUUUGUAACAAGAAUAACAUUGAUAUUCUUAAUAUGGAUGUUGUGUAUACUCCUCCGGGAAGAAAGAAACGUUGUCGUUUGGAUACUACUAAUAUUCAUCAUUUUCGAAUUGAAGUGUUCUUGGGAGUUAUUGAUCUUCAGCUUCAAGAGUUAAACAACCGAUUUGAUGAGAUUAGUAUAGAGUUAUUGACUUGUAUGGCUUCUUUGAGUCCACUUGAUAAAUUUUCUUCUUUUGACAAACAAAAGAUACUUAGACUUGCCGAAUUAUAUCUCGAUGAAUUUACAAGUGUUGAUAGAAUAGCCCUUGAUGAUCAACUUGAUAAUUGUAUUGUUGAUAUGCGGAGGGAUGAUAGAUUUUGGUUAUUGAAAGAUAUGGGUGAACUUUCCAUGAAGCUUGUCGAGACAAAGAAGCAUCAAGUGUACCAACAAGUCUAUUUGCUCAUAAAGUUGGUAUUGAUUCUCCCCGUAGCAACCGCAAGUGUGGAAAGAGUAUUUUCUAAAAUGAUCAUCGUGAAGAAUAAGUUGCGAAAUAGCAUAGGUGAUCAAUUUCUAAAUGAUUGUUUGGUCACUUAUAUAGAAAGAGAUGUUCUUGUCCAAAUCGAUGAUGAAAAAAAAUCUUGA